AUGUUGAGGGCUAGCUUGUACAGGCUCUUAGGUGAAAGUGUCUCUCAAAGUGAAUACGCGAAAGUGAUAGGUAGUUUGGUGUACCUCAUGAAUUGUACUCGACGUAACAUAGCUUAUGCAGUGAGUAAAUUGAGUCGAUAUACUCAUAUCCCUAGUAAUGAACAUGGAAAUGCUCUUCAUCGUCUUCUCAGAUACCUAAAAGGAACUGUUGCUUUUUGUCUGCAAUACUCUAAAUUUCUUGUUGUACUUAAAGGAUUUUGUGAUGCAAAUUGGGUAUCUGAUAAUGAUGAGAUCAGUUCAACUAAUGGCUAUGUGUUUACCCUUGGUGGUGGUGCUAUAUCAUGGAAGUCUUCGAAGCAGACUUGUAUAGCACGUUCCACCAUGGAGUCUGAGUUCAUUGCCCUCGAGUUGGCAGGGCAAGAAGUUGAAUAG